CUGAGAGCACAUGUUAAAUAUAGAGCAGACUCUCACUGCUGACCGGGAACAAACAACUGACUUUAUUCACGAGUUUCUGUUUCUGUCCUCAGACGAAGCUUCACGCCUCCAACUGUGGCAAGAGAAGAAGAACAAGUGCAGAAGAAGAAGAAGAAGCUCAAGAGGAACGCUGGAGGAGGGAAGACUGAUUUGAGAAACUGUCAUGUUGUGACGGAUUGUCAGUGAACUCAUCAAAGAGGAACGGAGUCACUUUUUUUGGGAUUGAACAGCUGUGAGACCUUUUACCUGCUGAGACCAGGUAGAAGAUGCGAUCCCGGACCUGCACCAUGGAGGGUCCAGAUGAUGGACACAUCCAGCCCACCAAAGGCUUCAUCAAGCAGGAGGAGGAGAACAAACCGGAGCUCACCAAGAGGAAGAUGAAGGUCCAGGACGGGAGGACGGCGAAACCUCAGAGAGCUGCAGAGAGCAGGAAGGAUCUGACCAAGAGCGACCUGCUGCACCUGCUGGGAAUCAUGGAAGGAGAAGUUCAGGCCAGAGAGGACAUCAUCGGCCUGCUGAAGUUGGACAGAACCGGACCGGAGACUCUGGAGGCUCAGUACGCCUCGGCCGUCCCCACCAAACCCCUGCAGGCCCUGCAGAGAGACGGACUGUUCACCCUGAAGAACUGCAACAGCACCGACGACGUGUACGAGAAACCCAUGGCCGAGUUGGACCGUCUGGAGGACAAACAGAGGGAGACGUACAGACGGAUGCUGGAGCAGCUGCUGCUGGCGGAGAAAUGUCACCGGCGCACCGUCACGGAGCUCGACAACGAGAAACAAAAACACGCCGACUUCAUGAACAAGAGCGACGACUUCACCAACCUGCUGGAGCAGGAGAGGGAGAGACUCAAAAGGCUGCUGGAGCAGGAGAAGGCCUACCAGGCUCGUAAGGACAAGGACCACAGCAGGAGGCUGGAGAAGGUCAGAGCGGAGCUGGUUAAGCUCAAGUCCUUCGCCCUGAUGUUGGUGGACGAGCGGCAGCUGCAUAUCGAGCAGAUCGACCAGCAGAGCCAGAAGGUCCAGGACCUUGCUCAGAAGCUGCAGGACAAAGAGCAGCGCUUGGCGGCGGUCACCGACACCGCCAAGGAGGACGGCCAGAAGGUGCUCGCGCUGGAGGCCGAGCUGGAGCACAGAGCGGCCAGGUUUGCACAGGAACACGAGGAGAUGACAGCCAAAGUGGCCGACGAAGAGUCCCAAAGCCGACAGCUCAGGCUGAAGCUGGCCGGACUGGCGCACAAGAUCGAGGAGCUGGAGGAGAGCAACAAGUCGCUGCGCAAGUCCGAGGAAGACCUGCAGGAGCUGAGGGAGAAGAUCAGCAAAGGGGAGUGCGGGGAUUCGUCUCUCGUGACCGAGCUGGAGAAUCUGCGGAAGAGAGUGCUGGAGAUGGAGGGCAAGGAUGAGGAGAUAACCAAAACGGAGACUCAGUGCAGGGAGCUGAGGAAUAAGCUGCAGGGUGAGGAGAACCACAGCAAGGAGCUGAGGCUGGAGGUGGACAAGCUGCAGAAGAGGAUGGUUGAACUGGAGAAACUGGAGGGGGCUUUCAGUAGGAGCAAAACAGAGUGCUCUCAGCUUCACACGAACCUGGAGAAAGAGAAACACGUCGUGAAGGAUCUGGCCGGCGAGCUGGAGGCGGUGAUAGCUCGGAUGAAGGAACUAGAGUGCUCAGAGACGAAGUUUGAAAAGACAGAAAUGGUCCUCAAAGACGAUCUGAUGAAGUUGAAGUCUUUCACGGUUAUUAUGGUCGAUGAAAGGAAAAACAUGGCGGAGAGACUCAAACAGGAAGAACAGAAAAGUGAUGAUUUGAGUAGGAUGUUCAAAGCGGAGCAGGGCAAGGUCACAGAGGUCACGGAGAAGCUGAUUGAGGAGAGCAAAAAACUUCUCAAAUUCAAAUCCGAAAUGGAGGUCAGAGUCACGACCCUCGUUAAAGAGAAAGAUGAGUUAACUACUAAACUUGUGAGUGAAGAGGAAAAGUGUAGGGAGCUGAAUACCAAGCUAGGUGGUAUGAAAAUGAGAAUAGAUGGACUUGAGGAGACAGAGAGGGAAAUAAAAAGGAAGUGGUCCAUCAAGGACAAUAGCAGAAAUCCAGAUGAAGACAACAAAGCAAAAGAGCUCAAGCUAGAAAUUGAAAGACUCAAGAGCCGGCUCAAACAACUCGAGGUGGUGGAAGGAGAUUUAAUGAAAACAGAGGACGAGUAUGAUCUACUGGAGAAGAAAUUCAGAACAGAGAAGGACAAAGCAAACACCCUCUCGAAGCAGCUGGAAGAAAUGAAAAGUCACAUCGCCAGAAACAAAGCCAUAGAGAAGGGCGAGAUCACGAGUUCGGAGGCUGCGCUCAGGAUCCGCUGCAAGAUCGAGGAGGCCAAAACCAGAGAGCUGCAGGUGGACGUCCAGGCCCUGAAGGAGAAGAUCCACGAACUGAUGAACAAGGAGGACCAGCUCUCCCAGCUGCAGGCGGAUUAUUCCGUCCUCCAGCAGAGGUUCUUGCAGGAGGAAGAGAAGAAGAUGAGCAUGAGCCAUGACUUCGCCAACCUUACCAAGGAGCUGGAGGCCACCAAGCGGUACAGUCGCGCCUUGAGGCCCAGUAUGAACGGUAAGAUGAUGCUCAAUGUCCCGGUUACCUCCACCGCGGUGCAGACGGAUGUGAUGGCGAGCGAGGCGGCCGAGGAGGACGAGACGGCAGCGGGCUUCAUCCGGAAAUCCGUCCUCGAGGAAAACCACUUAAUGAGCAACCUCAGACAACGGGGUCUUAAAAAGCCGGCGGUUCUUGAACGAUACCCUCCAGCUUCGGCAGAACUCGGCGCAAAGAAAUCCUGGAUACCCUGGAUGAAGAAGAAGGAGGCCAUCACGCUCACUCAGACCGCCCCCGACAUGACCGGUAGGGCGUCCUUGUUCCAUCCGCCUGAGAUGACCAGGCCGGGCCAUCCGCUGCACAUCCGCGUGACCCCGGAUCACGAGAACAGCACCGCCACCUUGGAGAUCACCAGCCCUCGAGCCGAGGAUUUCUUCUCCAGCACCACCAUCAUCCCGACUCUCGGCCUGCAGAAACCUCGCAUCACAAUCGUCCCCAAGCCCACGACCGUGGCCUCAAGGAGCAAAACCUGCGAGCCGGCAGGAGGUCUCAAUCGAGCCAAAUCCCCCGUCACCAUAACCGCCAUCUCCAGGGCCAAGAGUCCGGAUAAAACCAACGGCUGCGGCCUCCGGUCGCCGGUGUCCAUCAUCACGGUCAGCACCACCCCCGUGGCCGAAGCGUGCGUGUCGCCCGAGCCUCACGACGUCGUCGCCGCCGCAAGCCGCACGGUGAUCAAGGUGAGCCCGGAGAAGCAGCCGACACCUUUCAGGAAGUACAACGGCAACAUCAUCACGACGGAAGAACACAAGAUCCACAUCCACCUAGGUCCACCUGGGUCCGGGUUCAAGAGGCCCUCCGAGGGCUGCGGCGGUCCCGUGUUGACGCUCAGAAGUUCGGAAAGCAGCAGGGAAACGGGAACGGUGCUCCGCUCGCCGCGCCAAUCCUCGACGGGGAAGACGACUCAGAGCAAAAUGACGAGCAGCAUCACGAUCACGCCCAUCGCCUCGGCAUCCUCCAGGCCAACGCAGUCAGUGCCCGGUUCGGACGUGCAGUCCACUCGGAGCGCCGCCACGAGGAUCCCGGUGUCAAAAGGUACGAAGCCGAGCAGCAAGGCGAUUCUGGGCGUGUCGACAGUGACGAGGUUAGAGUCGCGGGCCGAAUGCCAGUCGAUGAAAAUCGAGCUGAGGAGGUCGACGGUGGGCGGCUCGGCCUCCGCGGCAGGAGGCAAGAGCUGAGGGGGGGGGGGCUCGAUGUCGUGAUUGGGUUUAUGAGUCACAGGCUGCAUCAAAUGGGACUCUGUGUGUUAAGAUUUACAAACACAAGUUUUAUUUAAGUCACACCUUCAUUUUGAAACUAAACAUGUUUUCAGGAAAGAUUUUGUCAUUUGAAGGACGUUUUAAAAAAAUGUUUUUGUUAUAUUUAAUUCCCAAAUGAAGCAUCUCUGAGCAUUCUCUUCUGCAUUUUGAUUAACUCCAUGUUGCUGGUACUUUCUGGACGUCGCUCUAAACUUUAUUCUCAUCAUUUACAUUUUCUUUUCGUUGCAUGUGUUUUUAUUUCACAGCAGCUUUUGGAGGUUUCCAGUCACACUGUGGACUGUUUGUGAGAGUCUCAGUUUUCAUUGUUCUUUUUGACAGGCACUUAAAUAAAAAUAUAUAUUUAUCUCUGAAUCUGGCAUUGCUUUGUAGUAUUAAUGUGUGUGUGUGUGUGUGUGUGUGUGUGUGUGUGUGUGUGUGUGUGUGUGUGUGUGUUAAACAGCAGAAAAGCCUCCAUAAUAUUAACCCAUGCUGGUAAACAGAGCACAUGAUGUUUCCAUGGCCUGGUGUGAAAAUGAUAGUAGGCUCCACAGCAUUGAGUUUUUACAUAUAAAUAUAUAAAUCAGGAUUAACGUUGACUGGAUAGACUUUAGGUAAUUACCAGAAAUGCAAGGUUCUUUACUCAAGGCCAUUUUAAUCGUGACUAUCCCUCCCUCAUCUAAAGAAAAGUCUACAUUUGCACUCAUUCUUGGAGUGAUGACUCAGUAAAUUCUUAUUUAACUUACCCAAUAAAUGUAUUAUCAGAUACAGUUAGACUUGUGCUUCCAGAGGAUGUCAUUAUCUAAUAAACGAGUUGAAAUCAUAAGAAAAAGACGUUCCAAACAACUGCAGAACUUGCUUGAGAAUAAUUGCGUUUUUUAAUUUUUCUUCAUUAUCAAAGUAAUCCAGUGAUAGUCGUCUCUACAUCGACGAGUACACUGCAAAAAGAAGCUGAUAAAAGAUCAUUCGGCAAACUUUAAUGGUGCCAAUUUGCCAAAAUGUACAAAGACAGGCUAUAAAACGGAGCUCGUGUUGGAACCUGGAGACUCCACGAACCCUCCAAGUCUGACUUUAAACCCUCCUGAUCCACAACAAACAAAACCAACGUAGACAGAAGAAAUAAAAGCAUUUCAAUACAUUUAGACAGAUUAACACAUUUAAAGGUUCCAAACAAACUCCAAACAUCCAGAGAACGAGUGAGGAACUCUGCAUUUUGGUCAUUUUGGUGAACUGACCAUGAAAGAGUUGCUUCUGCAUUAUUUUUGACUUUUUGAUGCACUAAUUUCAACAGUGAUUGUUUCAAAGAAGAAGAGUAUGAACAUGAAGACGAUCUUGUUUCCAGGUUUACUUAUAGUUCUAAUUUCUGCAAAAUAGAUGUUUAAGAUACUGAUGAACUCUUCGUUGUCCUGCUGCAUUAUAACAUUUGUGUGGUUGCAAUGCACAUCACUGUAUUUGAUCUUCACAGCAGACUCACAGCGCCCUCUCAUGGACAACAACACAAACACUCAAUGACUGAAGAUUCUCCUCACAUGAGGAAGAAACCUGCUCACGUUGAGUUAACCUCACGACUCUAAACGUAUGAAUCAGAUUAGCUUCACACUCACGGUCGUCUCACUGCAUCGAAUCAAUAAACAAACCAUAUUCUGCAGGUUAUUGUUUCCUCUAAAUGGAGCUUU